GCCAUUUUGACAUUGGAAUCGAUCGCUUUGUUCAACGCUUCUUCUUGCCCCCUUUGGAAAUUGUGAACUGUCCAAGCUUUUAAAGAAAUGGCGUUUUAUUAAUAAUUAUAAGUUUUUGACAAUUAUCACAAUCAAGGAAAGCUACAAAUCGAAUCAAACAUGAAUAAGAUGUCGAGAUACCCCUCGGACUGUAAAGUCUAUGUGGGUGAUCUUGGAAGUAAUGCUACGAAACAAGAGCUUGAGGACGCUUUUUCGUAUUAUGGACCAUUGAGAAAUGUUUGGGUCGCAAGAAAUCCACCAGGUUUUGCAUUCGUUGAAUUUGAUGAUGCGCGUGAUGCUGAGGAUGCUGUGAGAGGUUUAGACGGUCGGACAAUUUGCGGACGACGAGCUCGCGUUGAACCAUCAAAUGGAAAAAGAUUGAGAGAUCGUGGUUCAUCGAGACGUGGUGGAGGCGGCGGCGGUGGUGGUGGUGGAGGAGGAGGUGGUGGUGGAGGCGGUGGCGGCGGUGGUCGAGCUUUCGAUCCUCAGGAUCGUUGUUACGAGUGUGGUGAACGUGGUCACUAUGCACGAGAUUGUCCCAGACAUGGCCGAGGAAGUCGUCGACGAAGGUCACCAUCAAGAUCACGUUCUCAUUCACGCUCGCGAUCGCGUUCACGAUCACGCUCAAGGUCAAGGGGUAAGCGCAGCAGAUCAAGAUCAUCAUCAAGAAGUAGAUCACGCAGCAAGACACGUCACGAGAGAGAAAGAUCACGCAGCAAGGGACGAUCGGAUUCAAAGGAAAGAAGUCCCCGUCGUUCAAAAUCAAGAUCCGCAUCAAGAUCCCGCAGCAGGUAAAAUGGAAGGACAAAGUGACAAAUGGAUCAUCUCGUGAUGAUUAAGCAUAUAUAUUCAUUAUUCCAAUAUACAUAUUCAAUACAAUCGCUUCGUUACUUUAAUGUAUAUCAAAAAUUUGCGAAUUUUCAGUGAAUAUGAAUUCAUUUUUCAAUUAACUUCUUUUUUUUUUUUUAGAUACGGAAAUAUAUAAAUCCGUAGUUCAUUUUCAUUCCCUUAUAUUUCUUAAUGUUCAAGAUUAUAACUUGACUAGAAUAAAAUGUCAUUUUCGUCAAA